AUGACUUCCAACCCCAAAGUGCAGACCAUUCGGUUUCGAGGCCCGACCAAUGUACAGACUGUACCGGAGAAACCUCCGCUACCUAGGCACUCGGGAAUUCUUCAAGACCAGCUUCGCAGAGCCCAACGUCGUCCUUGGACUCCUAGCUAUUCCCUUGCGGUUCGCAUUCUCUUCCUAGUGCGGGUAGCAGGGGCUAUGUACUCUAAUAUUAGCGAUUGCGAUGAAGUAUUCAAUUUUUGGGAACCUUUGCAUUUCCUUGAUCAAGGUUAUGGGUUCCAGACAUGGGAACUUUCACCUCAGUUCGCAGUGAGAAGUUGGGCAUACAUUCUUCUCCAUUCUUUGCCCCCUCGGCUGGGCAAUAUCAUCCUGCCGGGUGAUAAAAGAGCAGCUUUCUUUGCCGUCCGCAUCCUUUUGGCAGCCAUGUCCGUCUUUGCUGUUUGA